AUGCGUGGUACAUUGAAGCCCCUGGACAAGAUCAUUGCAAACGCCCCAGUCGAGCUGCAACGUCCAGAUGCUCGAGCUAUGCAUGUACAUUGCAAAGAAUGUUGGAUGGCGGCCUGCGUGGACGACGUCUUUGUAUUGAGCCAAAAACGUUCCACAGAGCCUACAACACCCAGAGCGUGCGCUUCAACUGUUGUGAGAAAAGUGGUGCCUCGCGGCAAGUCAGGUAGCAAACCAUGCAGCUGUUAUAAAGCAGACGCGAAGAACAGCGGCGGCCCCCUUGCAGCAUCAGAGCAUCAACCAGCAGCCAACGACGGAGCCUCCUCCGCUACACCUGCUACUGCGGAUUUGUCUCUGCAGGAGGAGCCUCUUGCUCACUUGUCCAUGAAAGAGUUGCUCCAGCAGUUGCAGUUGACAGUGGAGGACCUGUCUGCGCUGGACGCUUCCUUGUCGUCUCUCUUCCAGGGCGCUCCUAAUACAGAAGUAACUGAGCAUCUGCAACUGGUGCAGUUUCGCAGCCGCGUCGCUCGCCGGAUCAGUCGUUACGGGCAGCUGACGAAGGGACUGACUCAGUUAGUAGAAAAGGCUUUGUCUUUCACUUUCGCCUCCUGCUGCUGCGCAGCACAGUCUCCUGAAGGGCCGCGACAGAGAGAAGGCUUCAGCCCGAGGCAGCUGCACGAACUCGAAGGGCUGCUCAAGCAGCAUCAGCAACGUCUGCAAAAAUACAAGUCCCAGUUUGCCGCCUGGUGGCAAAACACGGAACGCCACUUCCAUACCAUGAGGAUGGCCAACUAUGUUUGCUCCGUCCAAGAACGCGCUCAGCUGGCAACGGGGACUGGCGUUGUUCGUGAAGGGCCUACAGGGGGCCCCCUGAGGGCAGGAGGCCCCCGGGCAGAGCCGGUGAGAGCUAAGCCAACAGCAGGGGAGCAGCAGAGCAUGACGCAGGAGCCUAACGCCGGCAGUGGUGCACACAAGCAGCAGCAGCAGCAACAGCAACAACAGCAGUUGCUCCAAGAGACCCGCCAAGUGAUGGUGAAAGAAGUGCAACGUAUGCAAGCAACGCAACAACAGCUUCAGCAGUCGUCGACGGCCCUCGAGCAAACAGAGGCAACAUACAAUGGGGAGAUAUGGGGCUCUAUUGGUGGCUGACGGAUCGGCGUUGCUGGUGAUGAUGGUGCUGCAGUGUUUGGGGCGCGGCUUUCGAGCGCGAGAAAUAUGCUGCGGGCUCUGAAAGAGAGAGCUUCUUUGGCUCGCGUUCCUCUUCUUCUUGGGGUGCUGCGCAUUCGUCUUGUUAAGACGAACCGGGAUCCUCAAGCUCGUGAUCGGCCCCAGGAAGACUUCCACAUUGCUGGCAUUCAGGACCUAGCAGAUAGCCGUGUUGCCGCUGUUACGACGGCUGAUGGGUUUGCGGUCGCUACUCCCGCUCUCGCCCCAAUCGUCGCCACUUCUGCAGCUUCGGUUCUUGCAUCCGCAGCGAACUCAGCCAAGAGUCUAGGCAGAGAAAGAGUAUCCAACAAGAAUUCUAGAGGAGAAAGCUUGUCAACGUACUCCGAAUAUGAGGAUACGAUGGCGGCUGUAGCUGAUCUUGCUGUGGCAUCACAAACGGAGCGCUCAGUAGCACUUACUGCUGCUGAUGCUUCUGAAGUGAUGAAGGCCGAAACAAAUCAGGCAGCAGAGGAGGCGAAGGAAUUCGAAAUGCAAGACGGGCAGGCCAGGCAGCCAACGGCACAAGGUCCAAGCCCCUUGGAGCAAAAAGGAGGGAAACGGCUUGAAGCGGAUGGGCGGAACGACCCUAAUGCGAGUGGCGGUAGUUCGCCUUCGCAACCACCACACUACGGAUAUCAGCACCAAGAGAUUUCAUAUGAGACACAAGAGACAGUCAAGAGCAAGGCGUUUGCCUAUGGCCGAGACAUGGUGUCCGCUGCCCCUGCCGCCCCACAUCAAAAGCAGCAGGGCUCACGGAGCCAACAAGCACAGCAAGUGCGUAAGCAGUAUCCAACUGCUGAUGCGAGAGGCAAUAUGAACAGCGCCUCUGUUGCCACGCGGCAACAAUAA